GGGGAGCCCGAGAGCGCCGGACAGAUGCUGCUGGGUCCCGACGGGAGGCUGCUGCGCCACCCGGCCCGCGAGCGCGCCAAACCACCCUCUACCAAUCCAUCAUCAAAUCUUCAUAAACCUUCUGUCAGCCCUGAUGCGACACAGAUUGAACAGCUUGGCCUGCACAGGCAUGAAGCAGAAGCCAGAAGAGAGGAAAGCCUGGAGAUGCUGCUGCUGCUGGCAGCGGAGCAUCAGAGGGCAGAGCAACCAGCCCCACCCAUGGGAGUUUCCAAAGCCUGCUCCUCGUGUGUACGGACCGUAGACAUCAAAGAAGUUUGCACGCAGUGUGAUCACUUGAUAUGUCAGCAUUGCAGCAAACUCUGCAGUUGCUGUAACGCUGUCAUUUGUUCUAUGUGUUGCACAAUCAAUUACAGUGACGUUGGUGAGCAAGUUCUCUGCAGUGGUUGCUCAAUGUUUGAAGUCUAAAUUUUAAUGAUCUGCCAGUUCUUCUUUGCGACUAAGAUGUCUCUCUAAAUUCUGUGAAGAAUCAUCUUUUUAUAGCUGAAUAACUAACACUUCUAGUGGAUGGAGUUAACAAUGAGGUUGAUGUGUAUUGUAUGUUUAUAUUGUAUUUUUAUACUGUAGCUAACUAAAUAAACUCUUUUUAUAUUUUGAUGAGA